AAUGAGCUCAGUUUGGUGGAGUUUUAUGCUCCAUGGUGUGGUCAUUGUAAGGCCUUGGCCCCUGCCUAUGAGAAAGCAGCCAAACAACUCAGUAUACAGACCGACCCUAUCCCCCUCGCUAAGGUGGAUGCUACCGUGGAAACAGAGCUGGCCUCGGAGUAUGAGGUCUCGGGCUACCCCACCAUGUUCCUCUUCAGGAAGGGCAAGAAAUACGAGUAUAAUGGACCCAGGGAUGAAAAUGGUAUUGUGAACUACUUGAUAAAACAACAAGGGGAGGCAUCCAAACUGAAGUUAAGUGUGAAGGAUGUGAAAUCAUCCAUGAAGCCCAGCGAGAUCUUUGUAAUGGGCUUCUUUGACAACCUGAAUGAUCCGAAACUCCGGAUUUAUAUGGACGCAGCCAACACCAUGAGGGAGGAGUUUUCUUUUGGUCACACUUUAGAUCCGUCCAUUGCUGAUGCCUUCAAGACAAACCCAGGAACUGUCCUAGUUUUCAACCCGGAGAGAUUUUACACCAAAUACGAACCCAAGUGGCACAUAAUGAAGCUGGAUGACGUUGAGGAUGAAGGAGACAUUGUGGAGUUUGUCAGGAAGAGAGAAGUUCCAUUAGUGGGUCAAUACACAGCUAAUAAUAUCAAACAAUACCAGAAGUAUAGACCUCUCUGCUUCGUCUUCUACACUGUGGAUUGGAGCUUUGAUCACAGAGAAGCAACGCAGCUCUGGAGAAACAAAGUGGCUAAAAUUGCCAACAACCACAAAGAGGUGAAGUUUGCCAUCGCUGACGAGGACGAACACAGCCACUUGAUAGCCGAGUUUGGAUUGGAUGAUUCAGGGGAGGAAAUUAACAUCGCUUGUUACGGCCCAGACGGCAAGAAGUACCCGAUGGAACCCAUGGAAGAAUGGGAAGAUGACGAUGUGGAGGAAUUCAUCACUAAAAUGAAGAAAGGCAAACUGACACCCCAUUUAAAGUCCCAACCUGUCCCAAAACGCAACGACGGACCAGUUAAAACAGUAGUCGCCAAAUCCUUUGACAAAAUCGUGAAAGAUAAAUCUAAAGACGUCUUGAUUGAACUGUAUGCUCCGUGGUGCGGACACUGCAAGCAGCUAGAACCAAUUUAUAGAGACCUCGCCACCAAGGUAAAAAAAGAGAAAAAUCUCGUCAUAGCCAAGAUGGACGCCACUGCGAAUGACGUGUCCGAGUUAUAUAAGGCCGAGGGCUUCCCCACAAUUUAUUUUGCCCCCUCAGAUAAUAAAGACGCUCCUCUGAAAUAUAGUGGAGGUCGGACAGUGGACGAUUUUAUGAAAUAUCUGAAAGAACACGCUACAGUGGCCUUUAAAGGGAAGGACGAGUUAUAACGCUUGUUACUGGUGUAGCAGAAAAACGUAAUCUCUCAUAAUAUUUAAUAAAGCAUAUCUGCUUAGUGCAGGUUUCCUUUCUUUUCAUUACAAGGUUGUUAAUUUCGAAAAAGGAAAAUUUUCAAUAAAAAUUUUCUUUUCUUUUUUAUAAAACUUUUUUGGCAUCUAAUGAAAUACAUUACCUUUUUCACUUGUACAUAAUCUCUUAAUCUUUUUUUAAAUAAUAAAACACGGGAUAAACAUAUUGUUUAAAAGCGGAUCUGUACUUUGAAGGAGACUUCACCAAAUAUAUUCAUGUUUAUUUUUAUACUUUAUGUGAGGGUGAAAAAAAAUACAUUAAUUCACAGUGUAAAUGAUUUCAUUUGUAAAUUUAAGAUUGCAUGAAAAUGAAAGAAAAUUGGUUAUUGAUACAUAUAUGAAGAUGAUAAUUUUAUUUCAAUUGUAUGAAGCCUUGAUUGAUAUGAAAUCUUUGAUUGAAAAGGAAAGAAAAAAAUUAGCUGCAAAAAUUUAUGAAUGUUAAUGAUUUAUUUGUUGGUCGUAAUGUUUUUUAAUUAAACCUGGAUGAAAAUAAAGUUUUUGAGGUUAAAAAAUAAUGAACACUGUAAUUUUAUAUAUUUUGUAUCGAAUGAUUGCUU